AUGCGCUGUUGUCAAGACGACCAAAGCAUAAGUGCUCUUGAAAGAGAACUGCAAACUGCUCUGGAAGCUGACAGGAAAUACCAGAGGGAAAACGACGCCAAAUUUCGUGCAUUGCAUCAAAAUGUCGCCAGCUACGAGGAAUUCAGGGAUAUAGUACUUGCAUCUCACUUAAAGCCCCUUGAUAAAAAGGACAUUUAUGGCACACCCCGAAAACAGCCAUGGAAUACCAUUGCUGCAGGAAUACAGCUUGAAAGCCCUUCAUCAGAGCAAGUCCAGCCUCAUUUAUCUGAGAUCCAGCCAAGAAAUGCAUCAGAAUUCAGCCGUGAGUGGCGCAGGCUUGCAGGGAGCUCAUUUGAAAAGUAUAAUCUCCUCAUCAGUCUGGGAGGCAAAGUUUUGCUGGGAAUCUUCAGCACCGAGGUCGCCUUUGGCCUUCUAGGCGAGUUUCUUCUGAUUCUAUCACAGUGUCUAAAGUCAGGAGAUGAGGAAAAAGUGAUCGGCGUGUUGGAAGGGCUCUCAAAGACUGGACGUUUCAGCCUCAACCUGUCUCUGCUUAGUCAGGCUGAACAGAAAGCCUGUGUGGAGCUUUUUGACAAGCUGCAGGUUGCAGUUGGAGAACAUCAUCCUUCUAAAGAGGAUUCUUUUGUCACUUCUUUGGACAGCAAUAAACCUUCAGGAGUUUAUGAGGCCAGUCAAACAAAUGUGAAUGCAGGUGACUCUGGCAUACUGGUAAAACUCAAAGGAGUAACCGAGAAAUAUGGCCUCCAAAAUAGUUAAU